AACUAUAAUUAAGAUUUUAAAAACUAAUAAUAAUAUUGAUAAGAAAACACCGUGCAUCAUCGGUCCCACUUUUUUCAGAGGCUCGACAUGUAUAUAAGGCCUUCCAACCAAUCACCAAAGUCACCCAGCUGCAUUCUCCAUCUCUUCUCUACACCUGCUGUUACCUCUGUAUUGUUGUUACCUUUCCACUGUUUCUACAUCUUCUACAAGCAUCACUUCUUUGCCUAUCUGUUGGUUCUCUUGUCAUCAAUUUCUUCAAGGUAAAAACUACAGAGAAUGAGCUGGACAGGAGGAGACUGGAUGUGCCCUGCAUGCCAACACAUAAAUUUCAAGAAAAGGGAAAAUUGUCAACAUUGCAGUUAUCCAAAGUAUGGUGGCCCUGAUCCAACAACAUUCAUCUAUAAAAGACCUGGAGAUUGGUAUUGCACUGCCAUGAACUGUGGAUCUCAUAACUUUGCUAGUAGGUCAAGCUGCUAUAGAUGUGGUGCAGCAAAGAAUGAUUAUGGUGGUGGCUAUGGAGCUAACAUGUAUGGAUCAGAUGCCAGUUUUCCUUCUGGAUGGAAAUCUGGUGACUGGAUUUGCACCAGAUAUGGAUGUGGAGAACAUAAUUAUGCUAGCAGGACAGAAUGUUACAAAUGCAAGACACCAAAGGAUUAUGGUGGUGCAGUUUAACAAGAAAAUGUAACAUGCUGCUAUAUGACAAAUUUCUUUUGAUUCUGAUCCCUCCACUAAUUCUAGCUUUUCUUGGCUUUUUGUUGAAGACUAAUAAUGAGCUUUAGGAUGAUGAUGAUCAUUGGUCGAAGACCCAUUUUCAUUUGGGAAGGGUUUCUGGCUUUAUGUAAUGAUUAUCCAUGUUCUUGCAUGAAGCUUAUAGAAAGAAACCCUUCUUUCUUUUUUUCUUUUUCUCUUUAGAUUUUCUUAUUGUUUUCUUCAUAAAUCGGACAUAAUUAUGUUUCUAAUUACCAAA